AUGGCAGAGCUCCCAGAGAUCGACAUGCCUUACGACAUGGACGUGUAUGAACCAGCUGAAGACACGUUUCUAUUUCUUGACGCAUUGCAAGAAGAUUUACCUCAGAUCGUUACAUUGGAUCCAGCAAUUUGCGUGGAAAUUGGAUGUGGAAGUGGUGCAGUCUUUGUGUACUUAGCGACGCAACUACAAAAGUUUGGAACAAAAGGAAUGUUCCUUGCGACAGACGUUAAUCCAUUAGCGGUGAAGGUCGCACAACAGACGGCACAAAAAAAUGGAGUGAAAGCAUUCGAUAUCGUGCAGACUGAUUUGCUGCAGUGCUACAAACCACGACUACGGAGACAAGUCGACGUGUUGCUAUUUAAUCCGCCUUAUGUACCAACUUCUUCAGAGGAGGUCGGCUCGUUAGGAAUUGAAGCCGCGUGGGCGGGUGGACACAAUGGACGUGAAGUAAUCGACCGAUUAUUGCCUCAAAUCAAUGAACUCAUGUCACCAGCAGGAGUAUUUUAUAUGGUUGUGGUGGCCGAAAACAAACCCAAAGAAAUUGCUGCGAUUCUUGCAAGAGACGGCUUUUUAAUGAAGGUUGUCCGUUCAACUAGGGCUAAAAACGAGCGCUUAUCUAUCUUAAAAUUUACCCGAAAUUGUGCUAGAACAAUUGUUUCGAAAAUCACCUCUUAA